CCGCGAGGGAGGAGAGCAGUAGCAUUGCGGCGCGCGAGCACACCACACCACCCCACCUCGGCGGCGGCGGCGGCGGCGUUUGUGCCUGCGAAGAGAGAAAUCGAGGUGCGGCGACCUCGGAUAGGAGUGAGGAUGCCUCGGCCGGAGUUUCAGGCGCCGCCGGAUGUGUUCUACAACGAAUCGGAGGCCCGCAAGUACACCACCUCCUCGCGUAUCAUCGAAAUCCAGUCGAGGAUAUCGGAGAGGGCGUUGGAGCUGCUCGCUCUCCCCAACGAUGGCGUCCCCAAGCUGCUUCUCGACAUAGGAUGUGGUUCUGGACUUAGUGGUGAGACAUUGACGGAGCAUGGCCACCAGUGGAUUGGCUAUGAUAUUUCGAAGUCGAUGCUCGAUGUUGCCUUGGAGCGUGAAACAGAAGGUGACCUACUACUUGCAGAUAUGGGUCAGGGAUUGGGCUUGCGACCAGGAGUUAUUGAUGGUGCAAUUAGUAUUUCAGCGGUUCAGUGGUUAUGCAAUGCUGACAAGUCCUCUCAUGAUCCAAGACUGCGGUUAAAGGCUUUCUUUGGUUCGUUAUAUAGAUGCCUAGCUAGGGGAGCAAGAGCUGUUCUACAAUUUUAUGCUGAUAAUGUGAAGCAGAGUGAAAUGAUUGUGACUUUUGCCAUGCGUGCUGGUUUUGCUGGUGGAGUGGUUGUUGAUUGGCCUCAUAGUUCAAAAGCAAAGAAGUCAUACCUUGUCCUCACUUGUGGCCCGCCUUCAAUUAGUACGUUGCUUCCAAAGGGUAAAGGUGAAAAUGGCGAGAUGUGCAGCGACGACGAUGACGAUAGCAGUGAUGAAGAUGGUGAAAAAACAGUGGGCAUAUAUGAAAGGAAUAGGUCGAAGAAGAGGCAGAAGACGAAAAAGAACGGGAAAGGCAAGGAUUGGCUCUUGAAGAAAAAGGAGCAGAUGAGAAGAAGAGGCCAUGAUGUGCCGGCGGACACGAAGUACACAGGGCGGAAGCGGAAGACCUACUUCUAACUAUGUUGUGCCCGUACCCAGCCAUGCCUGUUAUGCUGGCUGUUUACUCGUAGUUUUGUACUGGUAGUUCAUUAGCAGCAGCCAAAAAGUUCUGUAAAAGAGUGAGAUAGAUGCAGGGUAGCUGUAGUGCUACUCACAGCUAUACCGAAGUCUUGCAGUUUUGACAAUGUUGUGAUAAAACUAUGCCAUUUUUGUAGAACAUCUGUUGAGGUGAGUAUAGCUGGUUGUUUGCGUGAA